CGACGAGUCGACGUAAACAGCUGACGACAGUGACGGCGACAAAGGUCAACAACAACAGACUCUACUGUUAUUUGUCUGAUGAACCCCAUGUCUGGCCGUAACAACAUUUUAUUUGUGCUCUUUUAUACUUCAUAAACGCUCUCUUGACAUUUUAUAGCUCGUAUAUAUGUACAUAGUACAAUGGACUCCAUAUACCCAAUCUUACAUGCCACCACAAGGGGGCUGCGUGAUAGCCUGCAAGGAGCCACAGUUCUAUUUACCCUAGAUAAAAAUAUUCAGGAGAGAGAAAAUCAACUAAGACAACAUACUCCUCGAAGACACCGAGAUACUCAACAACCAAGUGUGAUAAAAAGAAUGAUGCAGUGCUGUGGUCUGAAUGGUGGCCUGUUCUGGCUGAGCAUGUUUUUAUUUGAGUAUGGACUUUUACCAACCCUAAGCAUGCUGCUCACUCUCUUGUUUGGAUCUGAGUCAGGAACUGGCCAGUUGGUUUGGUCGUGGUUGCAGCCUGCAUUGUCCUGUAUAUUUGGUGCCAUUUGGGUGGUCCCUUUGUUCCUACUAAGUAAAUUCAUCAAUAAUCUGUGGUUCCAGGAUAUUGCCAAUUCAGCGUAUCGGUACAGCCGUGGAAGACCAGUUAUGCUAAGUAACUUUAGCAAAUUAAUAGCUGACUUUUUAUUCAGUAUUCUUGUUCAAACUUUGUUUCUUAUUCAGAGCUAUCUGGUCAGUCUUCUACCAUUGGCCGUUCUUGGGAAAGCAUUUGCAUUGCUGCACACUUGCCUCCUCUACUCUUUGUAUUCUUUUGAAUACAAAUGGAUCAACAUGGGUUGGGAGCUGCAUCAUCGCUUGACAUUUAUCGAAUCCAACUGGCCCUACUUUAUUGGAUUUGGUCUGCCUCUAACAGUUCUCACGAAUCUAGCUAAUUCAUAUUUUGUGAGUGGAUGCGUGUUUUCAAUUCUGUUUCCUCUCUUUAUUAUAAGUGGAAAUGAGGCUUCACCAGAAACAGGAGCAUGUACUUUUCCAUUACAACUGUUUUCUCCUGUGAUAGCAAUAUCAAAUGCCAUUUUCAAUCGAUCCAUUGGCUCUGCCAGCUCAAGACGAUAAGAAGUUUUUUCUUUUAGAUAUCUUUUUAAGUUCUGGAAAUUAAUUAUGCAAAAUAUUGGUGCCGGUGUUAAGUGCUUUAUCAUCAGAAGGUUUGUGAACAAAUUUUGAAAUGUCUUUGGUAAAGUUCUAUUUUAUUUGUUUUUAAUGUAAAAUUUAAUCAAACAAAUUUUCUAAUUAUGUAUGGUGCUAUUAGAUACUAAUCUAUCUGCCUGUUUUGCCAAUCGAAUCUAUUUGACUACUUCUUUCUAGCUGUUAAGUCAUGACCUGUUCUUCUUGUCUACCUCUCAGGAAAUAACAAUCUGUUCGGCAAACAGGCAAUGUAUUUUCACUUUGUUUCUUUUUCUCGAGUUCAGUGUGGUAUUUCUGUAGUAUUCAUUUUCAGAUAAGCUUUUCAAAAUGUAAUUUAACUAGUUGGGUGUGGUGUGGUAUGUGCCCGGUGGGUACCAUACUCCUGCAAAUGGGAUGUUGCCACUUUCUGGUUAUGCCACCCUCUAUGAUUUAAAAUACUUGCUUGUGUUUUUAAUUUUGUGGCUGUCUCUGUUCUAUGUGCCUUAUUAAGCAUUGUCGCAUUGUUUAUUAACACAGAUAUUAUUUUACCUGAAGUCCUACUGUUGAAAAAUUGCUUUCAUGUUUGCCGAAUGAGCAUAUCAAUUUAUAAAGUAACCACUUUGUUUUUCAUUCAAUGUCAAUGGUAAUUUAUACUGUUUAGUUAUGUAUUAUAAUGCCUUUAUGGCAAGUCAUAAUUUAAAAUUGGUCUAGGAAAUACUGGCCAGUAAAAAGUUAUUAGUAUGCCUUUUUUUUUCUAAGAAUAAACUCUAUAAUCAUGAAAAAAAAUUUCAUUUGUGAUGAUGGGUUUUUGAAUUUUGUAUUUUAUGUAAGUGAUCGACUUUUGAAUUUUUCGACUGUUUUGUAAAAUGUUGGAGCUCGACAAAAAAUUGGUUUUACACAGAUUACAAAGCAUCUGGCUGUGAUUGACUUAAGCUCUCAUGAAUGUAAGUUUACUUUCUAAGGACUGUGCUUGUCUCAGCUUAUUUUACCGUCAAGUAUGUUGGUUUGCUUGUAUGAUGUUCGUGUAAGAACUAAUGUCUCAAUUAGCUGAAAACUGACUGUGUUUGAGUCUGAUAUGUGAGGCGUAUCAUGGCAAGGAUUUCAAAUGUAACAUGUAUUUGGCAAACCUCUGCUAUAUGUCAGCUCCAAAGUAGUCCUUAUGAGGAUCCUGUGAGGACUAGCGACUUUCGAGGAGGAGAAGUGGUGGACUGUGUUUACAAACGUCCAGACCCUCUUCCUAAAAAACGAAUAAAGCCUGUGAAAAUUA